AUGUCUGAAGUGGAUUACGAGAAAACAGAUGCUAUUAGUGAUUCCUCAAAGGAGGUUGCUGCUGUGAAUUCUGAAAGUUUUGAUGAUUGCAAUUCAAGUGACAGUUUGGCUAAACAUAAUUUCGAGGUCUCCACUACUCAGGUGUCUUCCAAAUUCUCAGAUACAGAGGUUGAUGUUGCAUUGAAGUUUCUACAAGAUGCUGGUAUUAAAGGUAAUUCUGCUGGUAGUGAUGAGAAGGAUGCUGCUGAUCUAGAGGACCAAUCGGAGAUAGAUUUAACAGAGGGACAUGUGGUGUUGAAAGGUUCAAAAGAUCUGUCCAAAAAGACAAUGAGGAAACUAGAUCUCGUUAUACUGACUUUUCUAUGUUGUACUUACUUCCUUAUGUUCUUGGAUAAAGUCUUAUUAAAUUAUGCUGCUGCUAUGGGUAUUAAAAAGAAUUUGAAAGGCGACGACUUCUCAAAUUUAGGUACGAUUUUUGGUGCUGGCUAUAUUUUCAUGGAACCAUUUACUACAUACUUAUUCCAAAAAUAUCCAUUAUCUAAAAUUCUGAGUUCGUUUAUUUUAUGUUGGGGUAUAGUUCUUGCAUGUCAUUCUGCAUGCAAAACUUAUGCCUCACUGAUGAUUGUACGUCUACUAUUAGGCAUGUUUGAAUCUUCUAGUGCUGCAGGUUGUAUAGCAAUCAGCGGUAUGUACUACACAAAGUCUGAACAAAGUGCAAGAAUAGGUUACUGGGCUACUCAAGCAGGCACUGGUUAUGUGAUUGGUGGCUUAAUUUCUUUUGGUUUCCAGCAUUAUCAUGGUACAGAAUUCUAUUCAUGGCAAAUAAUGUUUUUAGUUGUCGGCUUAGUGACUAUAGCUUUUGGUAUCUUGACUUAUUUCUAUUUACCAGAUAACAUCACUAAUGCAUGGUUCUUGGAUCAAAACGAAAAAGUCGAAGUGAUCGAACACAUUAGAAGCAAUCAAACUGGUCUAGAAAACAAAAAAUUCAAACUUGAUCAAGUUAAAGAGUUAUUCUUUCACGACAAAUUGACAUGGCCAAUGUUAUUGCUGACAGGCUGUUCCCAAAUAUCUACUGGUGCCAUUGGUACAUUCUCCGUCACUAUCACAGGUACAUUUGGAUUUGAUAAUUAUGUCACAGCUCUUCUGCAAUUACCAAUCGGUGCUAUUGUUGCAUUGAUCAUCAUCAUAACGACACAAAUGUUGGCACGUUGGGGAAACAUUACUCUAAUUACUGCAUCGAUGUAUGUGCCUGCAAUUGUUGGUUGUAUUGUAAUGUUAUCCUUACCUCUUUCAAACAAAGUAGGUAACUUACUUGGAUUGUACUUGGUCUACAGUGGAUCUUGUACAAUCACAAACAUAUACAUUUGGAACACUUGGAACACUUCUGGUUACUGCAAGAGGAUAUUCAGAAACGCAGCUACAUUAAUAGUCUAUAACGUUGCAUGUAUUGUUGCACCACAAAUGUUCAGAGUUAGUGAUUACCCACAUUAUACACCAGCAAAAAUUGCAUUACUAGUAACCCAAUGUGUAUGCAUUCCCCUACAAUUUUUUAUUGGAUACCUCUGUAAAAAAGAGAAUGAAAAGAGAGAUAAAGAGCAAGAAGGUGGUCCAAAACCUAAAUAUGAGUUCUUAGAUCUUACAGAUAUCCAAAAUAGAAGUUUUAGAUACAUUUAUUAA